AUGGCGUAUUUACUUGGAAAGCAGCAAAAUAACCCGUCUUUUUUUGUAGAGUACACUCAAGAUGAACAUGAACGUUUAGAUAAACUUUUUUGGUGUGAUGGACAGUCAAGGAAUGACUACAAAGCAUUUGGACACGUCCUAGCAUUUGACACUACUUAUAAAUGCAAUGCCUACAGGAAGCCCUUUGUGGUACUUGUUGGGGUUAAUCACAACAGAAAGACAGUAGUCUUUGGAUGUGCUUUGAUUGUGGAUGAGAAAACGGAGUCCUUCGUUUGGGUGUUGAACCAAAUGAUUAAAGCUGGAGAAGGUUUCAAACCACUUACUGUCAUUACAGACGGGGAUAGGGCAAUGGCAUGUGCAAUCAAGGAGGUGCUUCCAGAAGCAAGGCAUAGACUAUGCUUGUGGCAUCUCAUGAGGAACAUACAAGGCCACGGUCAGAAUGGUUUUUCAAGUGGAUUCAUGACAUGUGUCAACAAGUGUCAUACAAUAGAAGAUUUUGAAGUGGCUUGGAAGGAGCUAAUAACUCAUCACAAGGUAGAGGGAGAGAAAUGGGUGGAAGAACUUUACGACUCAAGGGAAAAGUGGUCGGAAGCACACAUGCGAGGAUAUUUUUUCGGAGGGUUAUAUGAGAUAAUUACCCGUAUGAAUUUUCCUAUUGAUGUAUUGUCUAAUUUUUUUCUUCUUUUUUUGGCAAUUGAACAACGAAGAUUUGAUGAUAGGGAAGAUGAGUACAAGAACAUUCACGAAUUUCCACAUGUCCCAAAGGGAGAUUGUUUUCGUGACCUCCAAAUUGCAGCAGCAAAUGUCUACACAAAGGCAUCUUUUAUGGUUGUAAAGAGAGAGAUGAAGAGAGAGUCCAACUAUGUUGUGAUGAACUGUGACCAACCAGAAAAGGGCAAGAAAAAGGACAUUGUAACUUAUCAUAUUCGUGAUGUCAGAACAAAGGCAAAGUUUGUUGCCGUUCAUGAUGACACGCAUAAGAGCAUGUAUUGUUGCUGCUUGAAGUUGGAAUCAAUUGGAUACCCUUGUCGCCACAUGUUUGCAGUAAUGAAAUAUAAAGGAAUGAAGGAAAUACCUCCUGGAUGCAUCGUACAGAGGUGGUUAAAACUUGCAAAGGCCAAUUAUGCAAAAGAUCCAACUGAUGAAAAUAAAGAAGACGAUAACAGUAGAGAGACAAUUGCAGCAAGGCGUGCGCAUUUGUCUUACAUCUUGAAGCCAAUUAUAGACAUUGCAGUUCGUUCUGCUGACACGUACACUGAAUUGAAAGAGAUGUUUGGGAAACUAACACUGUCCGUAAAAGAAAAGCUAGGCGGAGGUUGUAACAGUGAUACUAAAGAGAAGAAGCCCCUCCUUGGAAUUGGAAACCCAGAAGUUGUGACGAGUCAAAAAGGUUUAUCAAAGAAACGGAAGACACCGCUGAAGCCUAAAGGUGGAAGAUAA